CGCUGUUGUUGUUUGUUGUGCAUUCAAAAAGAUGGAUAGUCGGGAGGCUUGUGAUGUUCACAGAGGAGGAUGUGUUUGUGUGCGAAGGCUGUGAGUGUCUGUGCGUGUUUGCAUUCAGUGAACCUGUGGACCUUCCGGUGCUGGUCAGACUCGUGUCCCACUGGACCUUACUCAACCAGAGCGGUCACGUUUGGGUUGGAGAGUGUGCGCAUGUCUGUGAGUGUGAGGGUCAGAGGAGCUGGAGGGCUUUUUAUUGACAUGAUCAACAAGUGGCUGGGUUACUGAUUACAGGUGAUGUUAUAGUUUGUUUGUGAUAAGGCUGCUGCUUUAGGCACAAAGUCCUGGCAGGUCCUACAAGCCUGCAGCUGCUCUACUCCAUCCUCCCAUCACUCAAAGGGACACCUCUGCUUCUCAGUGAAUUUGGCUCAAAGUUCUCCAAACUUAAGACAACUGUGCCAGUCUGGGACAAUCUGAAGGGAGCUGUGCUGCUGUAACAUCUGCUUCCUCGCAUCUGUUAAACAAACAGCAGCAUCAUGAGUGUAGAGUCCAAAAAACCACGUGAGGGUUGCUGCUCCAAGCUCAAGCUCUUCUUGGCCUCCAUGUCUUUCGUGUACUUUUCCAAAGCCCUCUGUGGAGCUUAUAUGAAAAGCUCCAUCACCCAAAUAGAGAGGCGCUUUGACAUCCCCAGCUCCCUCAUCGGGGUCAUAGACGGCAGCUUUGAAAUGGGUAACCUGCUGGUCAUAGCCUUCGUGAGCUACUUCGGAGCUAAGCUCCAUCGUCCCAGGCUGAUUGGAAUCGGCUGCUUGAUCAUGGCUGUUGGAUCUUAUCUCAUUGCCCUGCCUCACUUCUUCCAGGGACAGUAUAAAUAUGAGACCAGUAUGUCUCACAGUAGUAACAGUGCUAACAGCUCUGUGAGCAUCCUGCCCUGCCUGUCCAAUCACACGGUGAACGAGGCCGAUGAAACGCCCGAUCUAAAGGCUCAGACAGCUUGUGAAAAGGCGGCUGGCUCUUCAAUGUGGAUCUAUGUGUUCCUGGGAAACAUGCUGCGUGGAAUUGGAGAGACUCCCAUCAUGCCUUUGGGCGUUUCUUACCUGGAUGAUUUCUCCAGAGAAGAGAACACUCCUUUCUAUUUGGCCUGCAUCCAUACUGUCGGAAUCUUAGGGCCCAUGUUUGGAUUCAUGCUCGGGUCCUUCCUAGCCAAAAUCUACGUGGACAUUGGAUCUGUGGAUUUAGAUACCAUCACCAUCAACUAUAAGGACUCCCGCUGGGUGGGGGCCUGGUGGCUGGGCUUCAUAGUCACAGGAACUGUGGUCCUGCUGUCCAGUAUCCCGUUCUGGUUCCUGCCAAAGUCUUUACCAAAGCAAGGUCAGGAGCAGAGACAGAGUAAAAGCACAGAGAUCACCACGGUGCCAGAGCAGGAGAACUUCCUGCCAGAGGAAAGCCUGGACCAUGGGGAGAAAGAAAGGACGCCAACAUUCCUGGAGCUAGCCAAAGAUUUCGUUCCUUCUCUCAGGAGACUGUUUAAGAACAGCAUCUACUCCAUGAUGAUUCUGACCCACCUGGUGGCCGUCAACGGCUUCAUUGGCAUGAUCACCUUUAAGCCAAAGUUCCUGGAGCAGACGUUUGGCCAAUCAGCCUCAAAGGCCAUUUUCCUGAUAGGGAUUCUGAACCUACCAGCAGUGGCUCUGGGCAUCAUCACUGGAGGUUUUAUUUUGAAGAGAUUUAAGUUGGGUGUUAUCGGUGCAGCCAGGGUGUCGAUCACCGCCUCCCUCGGGUCCUUUUGUCUGCUUGCAGUUCAGGUCUUCCUCCACUGUGGCAAUUCAGAGGUAGCAGGUCUAACCGUCACAUAUCAGGGGGCUCCUCAUGUGUCCUAUAACCAACAGACUCUGCUGUCACAGUGCAACAUGGGCUGCUCAUGCUCAAUGAAGCACUGGGACCCAGUAUGCACUUACAAUGGAAUGACAUAUGCUUCGCCAUGCCUGGCUGGUUGUAAGACUUCCAGUGGAAAUGGCAAGGAAAUGGUGUUCCAUAACUGCACCUGUGUGGGGGAGAUGAUGACUCCAAGCAUGAAUAUGUCUGCGGUGCUGGGCCAGUGCCCAAGGAAGAGUGACUGUGAUCGCAUAUUUAAAAUCUACAUGGCUCUGUCUGUGGUGGGUUCCUUCAUUUCUGCCUGUGGGGGGACACCAGGAUACAUAGUCCUGCUCAGGUCAAUUCAGCAAGACCUAAAGUCACUGGCCCUAGGAAUGCAAACACUGAUAGUGAGAACUCUGGGUGGAAUACCUCCUCCUAUCUACUUUGGAGCACUGAUUGACAGAACGUGUUUGAAGUGGGGCACGAAGCAGUGUGGAGGCCGUGGAGCGUGUCGACUAUACGACGCUAAUGCAUUUAGGAUGACAUUCCUGGGAUUGAUCACCGGACUCUACUUCCUGUCUAAUUCAUUGUGGGGAAUCCUCUACGUCAAACUUGUGAAGAGGCAGAAAAAGAUAGCACUGAGGAAUCAGGCUAAAGAAAAUGGACAUGACACAGGAAAUGGACACGCCAGCAUCAACAUUGCCAAAAACAAAGAAGAAAUGGACAAAGAGAGCACUAUUUAAGGUGUUUGAGAGAGGGAACGCCGUUGUAUUAUUCAAACAACAGAGAUCUCACUGCCCAAGUACUCAGCUGCAUCAAUACUGGACCAAAUGUGAUGGUACAGCCUCUGUGCUCUUUAGUCUUCAGCUGUAGACCUUUGAUAGAUUUACUGUCCACAGUCAGAGAUCCUGACUGCAGCUGGCCAACAAAAUGAACAAGAAAUAAAUGAAAGAUGUGAUGCAUAUCCAAACAAGGACGUAAACAUGCAGGAAAAAGAAAAAACUUAAUACAGGGGUGUCAAACUCAAGGCUCAGGGGCCAAAUCCAGCCCGUGGUACAGUUAUACCCGGCCCACCAGAUCAUAUCGUAUUUUUAAUUAUAACUGGCCCACCAGUAUGAGGUCUGCAGAUUUCCUCCAGUAUAAAAAUGUAAACUUAACCUUGAUGAUUAAAAGGAUCCUUGUUAAUUCAUAAGAAAUCUAAAGAGUAAAGAGUUGAAAUGAUUUGAUAAAAAGUCAGGAAUGUGGGAAGAUAAAUUUGUGCUUUCAUCUCCUAUUUUCUUAUUUGCAUCUCACAAUUGUGACCUUAAGUUAUGGUUUUGACUUUUUAUAUCAUAUUUUGACAAUUUAGAUUUACAAUUUAAAUUUUUAAGUCAUAUUUUGACAUUUUAAAUUCAUAAAUUUGAA